AUGGGGAAAAGUAAGAAAAAGGCAGCAGCACUGUUUGACAGCCAGGCCCCUAUUUGCCCCAUCUGCCAGGUCCUGCUGAGGCCCAGCGAGCUGCAGGAGCACAUGGAACAAGAACUGGAACAGCUGGCGCAGCUGCCUGCCAGCAAGAAUUCCCUUCUGAAGGAUGCCAUGGCUCCAGGCACCCCCAAGUCCCUCUUGUUGUCUGCUUCCAUCAAGAGGGAAGGAGAGUCUCCGACAGCAUCACCACACUCAUCUGCCACUGACGACCUGCACCACUCAGACAGAUACCAGGUGAGGAGGGGUGGGCUGGGCCCUUGGGUGAGAGCUUAUAGGGCAGGCCUGGGGCUAACUCCUCCCAUCCUCAGGAUACAAGGGGAAAGGCCUGAACUGUGUUUGGUUCCCUCUGUGUCUACUGCCUCUAACUGAACCAAAAGGCACAGGUGUCAGGGAAUGUGCCAUAAAUGGACGGAUUUUAGGGAGAGAGGCC